ACCUCGAUCCAGACAUGACGCCCGAGGGGACCCUCAACGAACCAUCGUCUCCGGUACCUCCGCCUGUCUACCCAGUGAGCAAACGGCAGCGCAUCCUUUGCAUCGCCUCCUUCCUGUUCCUCGUGGCCACGGGCUACUUUGGAUCGGUGUUCAUGAUGGCGCCGUUCCUGCCGCUGGCCUUUCUUGCACCCUCGUACUUCCUCUUCUUCAUGGACUGCGGCGUCCACCUCUGGUCCAUGCUGGCGGAGGUGAUUAUCCCCUCCCCCUGUUUCCUUCGCUAUACUGUGCUCAUCAACGGCGUUUUACGGAUUCGCGUGCGUGUAUUCGGUGACAAGUUUGCUGACGCAUCCACAGACGCCGCAACGGACAACACCAGCAGCAGCAGCAGUUCGAUCGCCCUCCUCAACCACCGCACCCGACUGGACUGGCUCUUUGUGUUCUGCUUCGGAAGGUACGCGCGGCACUUGAAGAUUGUCCUCAAGCAGGAGUUGGCCGGCCUUCCAGGCGUGGGUUGGGCCAUGCAGCUGGACAGUUUCAUAUUUCUGCGUCGAAAAAUCGCCGUCGAUCAGGCGAGGAUCGACCAGGCACUGGAGUACCUGCUGAGUCUUGAGGGCAGGGCUCAUGUUCUCAUUUUCCCAGAAGGCACUAACCUCGAACCAAGCACCAUCGAGAAAAGCGACAGAUACGCCGAGAAGAUGGGCCUGCCAAAACAUCGCUACACCCUGCACCCUCGCAUCACAGGAUUCGAGCACUUCGUGAGGGCCAUGGGCAAAGACCUCGCCUACGUGUACGACAUCACCGUGGCAUAUCCCUACACCCUGACUGAAUCCGAGCUCAAAAUGGCUACCGGUGACUGUCCCCAGGAGGUGCACUACCACGUUCGCCAAUGGGCUGUCUCUGAGCUUCCGCCAAUCAGCGACGAGAAACCCACCAACCCGGGGACACCCGCCAUCUCGGCUUUGGGUCGGUGGCUUCAGCAACGAUGGACUGAGAAGGAAGAGCUUCUUCGAAACUACUACGCCCUGCCGCCGGAAGAGCGCAGGUUCCCCGGGCCAGAAAUCGAUCGCGAGGGAGCCGUGAUCGGUGGCAGCGUGGACGCGGGUUGGUCGCUCCAAGCCUACGUCGUGUUCGCCUACUGGAUCCUCUUCCUCUACUUCUCCAUCGCCAUCAUCUACCACAGCUGGCUUAUCCGUCUCUACGUGCUGGCGGUGAAUGUGUUUUUUGUCUACCAAGGCUACAAGACAGGACUGGGCGAGUGGGUGGCCGAGUCUGCUGGCAUCCUGAUGCAGGGUUCCAGCGAGCCCCAGGUGAAUGGCACACCGAAGAAGGACGAGUAA